UCGGUACUGCAGUCUACGAUUUUCGAAAACCGGAACACGUAGCCGAAUGGAACACUACUAUCGAAAUGACAAGAUGGCACGUCAGCAGCAAGCAGACGUGGACGAAUUGUUCGACGUGAAAAAUCACUUUUAUAUUGGCAAUUAUCAACAAUGUAUCAACGAAGCACAAAAAAUCAAGUCAUCUUCGCCGGAGGUGGCAAUGGAACGUGACGUAUUUCUCUAUCGUGCGUACAUAGCGCAACGAAAAUUCCGCGUUGUACUAGAUGAAAUUAAUAAUUCGUCACCACCUGAUUUACAACCAUUGAAAAUGUUAGCUGAUUAUUUUGCAAAUCCCGGACGUAGAGAGGCAAUAGUCGCAGAAUUGCAACAAGCGACGAAUCGUGCUAAUUAUGAUAAUCACAACUUUUUGAUUGUUGCUGCAACCAUUUACUAUCAUGAAAAGAACUUGGAAGCAGCUCUAAGGAUACUCCGCAAUGUUGAUCACUUAGAAUGCUUAGCCUUAACAUUGCAGAUUUAUUUGAAGAUGGAUCGAUUGGAUCUGGCGAAGAAAGAAUUAGUAACUAUGCAAGAAAAAGAUGAUGAUGCCACUUUAACUCAGUUGGCACAAGCAUGGUUAAAUAUUAGCAGUGGUGGUGAUAAAUUGCAAGAUGCUUAUUAUAUAUUCCAGGAUAUGAUAGAUAAACAUUCCAGUACCAGUAUGUUGUUAAAUGGACAAGCUACUUGCUUUAUUGGGCAAGCUAAGUAUGAAGAGGCUGAAACAGCUUUGCAAGAAUCCUUGGAUAAGGAUAGUAACAAUCCAGAUACAUUAAUCAAUAUGAUUGUUCUCUCUCAACAUAUGGGAAAACCACCUGAAGUUGCUAAUCGUUAUUUGAGUCAGCUGAAGGAUUCACACUUAGAGCAUCCAUUUGUUAAAGAGUAUUUACAAAAAGAGAUAGAAUUCCAGAGGCUCAGAAAGCAGUAUUCUUCGUCUGCCUAAACUGUAUCAAGUCAUAGCAUUUUAUGAAUUAAAUUAAACAAGAGUAAACGAGAGUGUUGUAACAAUACAGAAUCUAGAUGCAGAGAUGCUAUGAGAUUAGAAUGUUACUGCAGGGUAU